GAUAUCCCGGCGGUGAGCGUUGCCGCAGCGCCUCUGCCACACCUCUGGCCGCACGCCGCGGACGGGACACAGAACGCACCACACACCCCACCGCCCCUCGCGAGUCCCAUGUGACGCCGCGCCGCUGCGGCCGCCGCUCAGCGAAGCCUCAAGUGAGUGACGGAUGUGACGCGACGCCCGUGAAACUCGAGUGGCGCCAGCAUGCCGCGGCCCAGCCGGGAGAGUUACGGCGAGCAGAAGCCGCCGUACUCGUACAUCUCGCUGACCGCCAUGGCCAUCUGGAACAGCGCCGAGAAGAUGUGCACGCUGGCCGAGAUCUACAAGUUCAUCAUGGACAACUUCCCUUACUACCGCAAGAACACGCAGCGCUGGCAGAACUCCCUGCGUCACAACCUCUCCUUCAACGACUGCUUCAUCAAGAUCCCGCGCCGCCCCGACAGGCCGGGCAAGGGCGCCUACUGGACGCUGCACCCCUCCGCCAUGAACAUGUUCGAGAACGGCAGCUUCCUGCGCCGCAGAAAGAGAUUCAAGAUCCCUAAGCCAGAGAAGGUGGCACUGGAGGCGGGCCUGGCGCAGCUGCACGGUCGCCCCGUGGAUCCCAUGGAGGCACCGCGCCUGACGGAGGCAACGGCGUGCCCAGACGCGCCGCCACACAGCAAGCAGCCCUUCACCAUCGAGAACCUCGCUGCCUCUGACGCGAAGCCGCCCACGCUGACGGCACCUACGCCCAUGUACCCGCCGGGCACCCCCCUGACCCACCUCAACGCCCACCUGGCGGGCCUGAGGGGGGCGGAGGCCUACCCAGGCCGCAGCCUCGGAUUCGGGCCGCUGGGUCACGCAGGCCUGCUGCCGCCCCUGGAGGCCGCCCACCCCACCUCACUGCCAUGUUCGCUGGGCUCCGCCUUCACCUCCUCGCUCAGCACCUCGUUGGGGGGACCGCUGGCAGCAUCCCUGGGUGGCUCCCUCGGAGGCCUCGGGGGUCUGGGUGGCCUGGGCCCCGGAGUAGGCCACUUGGGGACGGUGCCCACCAGCCUGGCCACAUCUCUGCAGCAGCUGUACAGCGCCGCCCUCGCCAGCAUGCCGGGUCUGCACGCACCCAACCCUCUGCCCAGGUUGCCCCCGCCCACCCUGCCCCUGUCCGUCCCCCUCAGGCCCACACCCCUGCCGCCAGCACUCUUCCACGCCCUGCCGCCCUCCACGCUGCCCGGCCUGCCGUCACUCAGCCUCUUCCACCCCAAGGUGCGGUGCCCCGCCCCCAUCCUGCAGGACGACCCUCUGACUGACGACGCCGCGGAAGCGCCGCCCACGGAGGACAAGCUGCCCACAUCGGCUGCGGCCGUGCUCAGGCCGUCCGUACCGAGCACGCCACCGGCGGGGAGCGCCGCACCCUCCCCGCACGGGCGGGUCAUCUGACAGUAGUCGGGCGGGAGUAACACCCGCCCGGGACUCGCUGCCAAAGGUGUGAGUGGGGCCGCUGGGGGAUGCAGGCGGCGGCCGACGGUGUCGCAGUAGAUAAUUAGUGCGCUACUUAGUGCUGCCGUAGUGACGGGGCUGCAGCAGCGGACAGUGCGGUAGAGACUGCUGCAGCGGCGCCUUAGGACACGGUAGUGGGCCGUUGUGUCGCCGAGGGGGCGUGGUGGGUAGAGGAGACCAACUGGCCGCGUGUGGGGAGGGGAGGGCAGAGAGGAAAGAGAUGGUACCGCUGACAGACAC